AAUAAAAACACCAUUAAAUAAUUACUUAAAUGUGUCAUUAAUUAAUUAAAAUUAGAAUUAAAUACAUAAAAGUGUAAUUAAAUGUGUCAUUAAUUAAUUAAAAUACUGAUUCAUUGUAUGUAAAAUGCAUAUAUAACUAUUUUACUAUUUACAUUUACAUUUCAUGGGCCUGCGUUGCAGCGCUUCAUGAAUUACUUAAAACUGUCAAAUUGACCCAUCAAAAGUUGGUAGGCGGAACCUAACGCCUGAUUGGUUACCCUGUGCAUCAAGUCAAGACAAAUCAAUUCGAGAUACUGGAUUGAUGCAGAGCUACUGAACACAUUCCAAUACACUUGGUGGCGCUAUUCACCUCUACGUUGGUUUGGAUACGCUGUUAAACAGAACUUUCAUUGCAACGGCUAAAAAUAAAGGAGAUGACGCGGUCCUGCUAGCCCCAAUGUUGAGACGCCGUGCAGGACAAAAUGUCAAAAAGUUGCCCAGAGCUGCUGAGAGAAGCAGCGAAUUUGAUUGAGGAAGCUCUGCGCAGAAGUCCAACGGCUCCGGCGGCUCCGUCACAGCAGAUACCGGCCGCUCAAUCACGUACACCUGUCCAAGGUAAGCUAAGUAAUUUCAUGUUAGCCAGGUGUGCUACUAAUUAAUGAUUCGGGACACACGUGUGGGUUAAAUUAGAUCGCCUCGAAAAUGAAUUUGUAUGUGGUAUUAUGAUGUUUCGUGCGUGACACGUUCAUUGUUAAUUGGGGGAGCUUAAAACGAGCUAGUUCGCUAAUGGUGUUAGCUGGUUUGAGCAUCCCAAGAUAGAAGUAGAGGCUGUUUUAGCUGACUGGUGACCAUUGAGUGGUGACGUUUUUCUGUGUUACAGCGGAGGUAGCAAGGCUCUUUGCGCCAUAUAACAUUGGAGCCAGAAGGAAUAUGACGAGACGACCAGCACAAGUCCAAGUUUGCCGAAGAAGCUACACACACACCGUCUGUUGUUUGGCUGACCACAAUGCGGAUAAAAUUCCAAGCGUACUGUUUAAAGCUGAACUUCUUACUUCAGGACUUGGAGAGCAAAAAGUAACAUUUUCAGGGAAUGACCACGAUCCCAUGGUUAUAACAAAUAAACUGAUGGAAGUGUUUCCGAAGCUCCAACAAGGUGGAGGCUUUGAAUUUCUAAAACUUGUAGGAUCGACUCGCAGUCGAAAUCUUGCAUUGCUUCAGUGUCCCAGCACUGGAUACACCCUUGCCUAUCUGAAAGAUCCAUCGACGAUGAUUGGACAGGCUACCAUCUACAUACGUCCACUUCAACAGGAUCUAUCCUUAGAUUGUGAGAGCUCACGUCCUGCCUCUGGUCCAGUCAUCCCCUGCAUCACUUGUCAGAAGGAAGUUCCCUUUUCAGAGAUGAAGCUGCACAGAUUGAGCUGCAAUGGAAUGGAAGCUUAUUAAAGAACCCACUCAAGCUGCCAAAGUUUUCAAAGAGAAUCUGCUAAGGGAACAUGCAACUGGGAAACCACUUAGAAUGAAGAUGGAUGUAAGGGAGUCUGAAGAGGACCGGGAACGGGAGCUUCUCUUAUUCUAUAAACAGCAGCAAGAAUGGGCAUGUCCACUUCAUUGUACUCUGGUUGGUGAUGUUGCUAUCGGAGAGGGAGUGAUGCGGUACUUUAUGACAACAAUCAUAUCCAAACUCCAGUUUGGAUUCAGUCUAGAUCUUGGAGGAAUGGGCCGAACACUGCUAUUUGAGGGUGAACCUGACCAUCUUGUUCCAGCAGCAUCAGAGGCACUUAUUGAAAGCAACCUCUUCCGGGUUGCAGGAAGGAUGUUGGCCCACACCUUUCUGCAUGACGGUCCCCAUGUCACAGGAUUAAGUCCUGCUGUAAUUCAUGUACUCUUCAAUGGGGACCCUGAAAUGGCUACUGUUGUUGUUAAAGACUGUCCUGAUCUGCACAUCAGGAGCAUCAUAGAACUGCUUGAACAUGAAGAACUUACACCGGAACAGAAAGACACAGUUUCAGAUCUUUCCAUGUCUUGGGAUCUUCCGGCAGUCACCAAAACAAAUCGGAGAUGGCUACAUAAUAAACUUCUACUCCAUGCAGUCGUUGGGAGGACCAUGCGCCAAAUUAAACAGUUGAGAAAGGGACUGAAAGAUGUGAUGGUAUGGCCCCUGCUGACAUCUAGGCCAGAUGUUGUCCCACUUCUUUUCCCCAAAAUGGCUGAAAUGCAGUUCACACCCCAGAUGCUCCUAGAAAAAAUCACAUGGCCAGUUGAGGACAGUGAUGAUGAAGACUUUGACUUGGACACCACCUGCCGCAUCACUGGCUUUUUAAGGAUGUUCAUUGAAACAGCUUCAUCAGGUACCCUGGCCCAGCUGCUGACAUUCUGGGUUGGCUGGGAGAUGCUUCCUCCUGAAUUGAUAGUGGAGAUUUCUGGGGGAACCCUUCCUACGUCCUCCACAUGCUUUGAAACCCUAAAGCUGCCAGCUCAUUUCAAAAUCUACAUGGACUUUGAGAAAGCACUUGUCGCUGCUAUAAAAAGUACUGGAUUUGGGCUGGUUUAAGUUUGUUCAGACAGAUGUCAAUUAGGGCUGGGUAAUAUUUCAAUAUUAUAUCUAUCGUAAUUUUGACAUGUAAUGUUACAUGGUAAGUUCAGUCUUUUCCUGGUUUCAAAGGCUGCAUUACAGUAAAGUGUAAUUUUCUGAAUUUACCAGACAGUUCUAGUAUUUGCCUUUAACCACUUAGUCAUUAUAUCCACAUUAUGAUGGUUAUUUAUCAGAAAUUUAAAGGUGGAAGAUAUUUUGUGACUGAAUCAAUUGUCAACCAUACAAUAUUGUCAUUGAGGUGUUUGGUCAAAAAUAUUGUGAUAUUUGAUUUUCUCCAUAUUGCCCAGCCCUAAUGUCAAUGCCUACACUGUUCAGAGUCUUUGAAAACUUAGAUUAACACACUGUGCAGUAGUUGACCUUUUGUUAUUCAUUUUUUUAUUCUGCAUAUAUAUUUCUUUUAAAAGGAAAGCAAACUUUCAGUUUUUGACUGCUGGUUCUAACACAACAAAUAAAAACAUGGCUUGGA